AUUAGUAUGACACAUUAGAAAUAAAUUAACAAAAUACGUGUACUGAAUAUUUUUUGAGGUUAGGUCAUACAAAAUAAGGAAGAAGGCAUAUGCUGUGUUGAGACACUUCUGUUGGUAUUUAAUUAGUGUAAUAAAAGAUGUAUGAUAUUGAAGGUGAGGCAGAUGAUCAUUCCCGAGCCAUCAUUCACAUCGACAUUGAUUGUUUUUAUGCUCAAGUUGAAAUGAUUAAAGAUCCUCGACUAUGUCAAGUACCACUGGGUGUUAAACAAAAAAAUAUUCUCGUCACGAGUAACUAUAUCGCACGAAAGCACGGCAUAAAGAAAUGCAUGCUAAUUUCGGAUGCGUUGACGAUAUGCCCUAAUCUGGAAAUUGUAAACGGAGAAGACUUGUAUGACUACCGAAAGACAUCCUAUCAAGUGACAUCUUAUUUGCAAAAGUAUUCUGCCUUAGUCGAGAGGCUUGGUUUGGAUGAAAACUAUGUUGACAUCACGCAAUUGGUCAAUGAACGUUUGAAACACCAAGGCGAAAACGUACAUGCUAAAGGGAAUCUGUUUAACAACGAUAACGCAACUUGUUUGUGUGGUUGUACAGAACGAAUUAAAAUGGCAUCCUUAAUAGCGCAAGAAAUACGUGACGGUAUUCUACUUGAACUUAAAUUAACAACGUGUGCCGGAAUUUCGUACAAUAAACUAUUAGCCAAACUUGCAUGCUCUUUACACAAACCAAAUCAACAAACAACCGUAUUACCAAACCACGCAGUUCCAUUAAUUCUAAGUUUAAAUAACGUUAGUGAAAUACCGGGUGUCGGAAGUGCUACAAAUGAAGUUUUGGAAAAGAUUAACAUUAGAACCGUUGAGGACUUACAAAAGUGCUACUUUGAAACAUUAGUCCAAGCUUUAAAUGCGGACAAAGCCAAAUGGUUAAUAGAUUUAAGUUACGGUAGAGAUAAUUCUGUAGUGAAAACUUCGGGAAGACCGCAGAGUAUAGGUUUAGAAGACAGCUGUAAAGUGCUAAACGUUGAAACUGAAGUCAGAGACAAGUUUCAUCAGUUACUGAUGCGACUAAUCAUUCUAGUAAGUGAAGACGGUCGCGUUCCUACUACAAUCAAAGUUACCAUUAGAAAAUUCGACGGUGCUUCCAGAGUUAGUCAUAGAGAAACGAAACAGUGUAACAUCAGUCCCGGUCUCUUCAGUACCGAUAAAGUCACACAUAUGGUUUCACUGAACGAGCCCUCUGAGAAAAAGCUAUUGUCAAUCAUUAUGAGUUUAUUUAAAAAACUAGUUAACACCUCCCAUUCCUACCACAUUACUCUCCUAGGUUUGUCGUUUACCAAAUUUAAAGAGCGCAUCGGAGGGAAAAACUCCAUCGCUUCCUAUUUUGUUAACGACCUAGCCGUGCAAUCGGUUACAAGUAUUGAAAGAAAAAAUUCGAUCUCGCAGCCUCGCACUUCGUUGCAGACAGCUACUUCCACUGGUGGAGUUGAAAUCGAAAUUGAACCUCAGCCCAAAAAAUCUCGACUGGGAUCAUUAAGUACGAGGAACGCACGAUUGAGCGAGUCAGAUUACUCAUCACCUUCCAAACUGAGAGUUGCGGAAUUGCGACUGAACUCGAGAGAUAGUGACAAUUCAGACAGUGUUUCGUCAAAUCAAGACAUUGAAUGUCCUCCAAAUGCGGACCAAGAUGUUUUCAAAGAGUUGCCUAGUGAUGUUCAACGUGAAUUGUGGGAAGACUGGAAGAGGAGUCGCAGCCAUGACGAGUCUAGUGAUAAACCUUUUAAGAAAGCUAGAACUAACACUUUACUUAAUUAUUUCCUUAAAAACUAAGUCAUUACUUAUAUAUUGUUUUUAAAAUUUUAUUUUUUAUAAGCACUAUUUUUAAAUUAUACAAUGUAUAAAACCACUGCAUGAAAUUGUUUUCCGAGGUUUAUUGGAAAUCUGUAGCCGUGCAUUUUUACAACAAUAAAUUAUUUUCAUCCUAAAAUGA